GGUGUGUGUGUGUGCAGAUAAAGCAUUCAGUGUAUUCCAUCCAUUCAAUACGUUGACUCAAUCGUCAACACAUCAGUAUCGUCCAAUGUCUGUCUGUCGGUGCCUCUGGCAUGACUGUACGUCUAUUGUUUGUCCUCUGCUGGGUCACUUAUCGUGCCUUUGCCAUCAAUCACACCGUUGGGCAGCGUCAGCACCUCUGAUUUUUCGGGCUGCACAGGUGGAAACUGAGGCUGUGUCAGUCGGUUGCCUGCACACACGACACAACACACAUAUGAAUGGAUGGACGGAUUGAUGGAUGGAUGGAUGGAUUGGUGGGUGGUGAUUGUGUGUCUCACCGUAUAGCGAGGGAGGAGCAUUCAUAUGGGCUUCAGUCGACUCCACUGGGCCGUCUGGCUGUUGGUGUGUGGGCGCCGCCUUAGUCUGCUUCUGUCGGAAUCUCAGUGCGGGCAGGCGGCUGCGCUUCGGCUGGGGGAAGACAUACUUGGACAUGACUCGAGUGAUGCGCGUCUGACGGCAAGACAGAGACGCAUUCAUUGGAUGGUCGUGUGUCGAUUGUGAUGAAUGCGUGACGGCCGACUGACCGAGAUUGGAUUAGGGAUGGUGGCGAGGAGGGGUUCAUAUGCGGCGUGGACGACGUCACGGACGCGCUGCUGUGUCAGAGAAAUGACGACACCGAAGAGACCACGCUGCUUCCUGUCUGUCUCACUCGUUUCUGGAGGUUGAGCAGUCGCUGCUUCUCACUCACGUAAUCCUCCUCCUGACACACACACACACUCAUUGAUCGUGUCUCUUGUGUGUUUCUGUCUCUGGUUGAUGUUCUGUGUGUGUUUGCGUACGUCGGCCCUUCGUUCUGUUUCUUCCAGCCGCAGCAAUUUGUCGAGCGAGUCGAGCACAUCCUGCGUGUCCUCCUGACCAACACAACUCACACACCAACACAACACAGAGAGAGAGAGAGAGAGAUGCGCACGCACAAUCUCCUCGUUGUGUGGUGUGGUGUCGUGUGUGUGUGACCUCAGGCGGAUGAAUGUUGAUCUGACAUGAACACACGACAGACACACACAACAAUCGAGGUAUGUGAGUCGUGUGUGUCUCGCUUGCGUGUGCACAUACGGCGAAGUCAGACGAGCCAAUGACUUCUUGACGGAUGGCCUCGCGGCUCGCCGGACCAGCAAAGGGCAAGGCCGCAU